GAAGUGCACCUAUUUCAAGUGGGGGGUCGCCCAGAUAUAAAAACCGCCUGUCAUACUCAACUGCAUCAGAUCGGACUUCGGAGUUUACGAGAAUGAAGCCUUUGGUUGUGGUACUUUUGGGAUUCGUUGCGUACGCCGCGGCCGGCUCAUGGGGUCAUCACGGACCUGUCGACACACCGGAAGUAGCAGCGGCUAAAGCCGCCCACUUCGCCGCAGUCGCUAAGGCUUCAGGACACGGUGGAGCUUGGAAUGGUGCUGGCGCUUGGAACGGAGGAUACGCCGGCUACAACGGCGGUUACCACGGAGGAUACAACGGCGCCUACAACGGUGGCCACGAUGACGGACAAUGGCAUGAUGACACUCACCUCUACGACUACGCCCACGGACACGGCUGGAACAGCGGAGACGAUGGCCAAUGGCGCGAUGACACCCACCAGUGGAAUAACGGAGGCUGGAACCAAUGGAACGGAAACCGUGGAGAAGACGGAGAUGAUGGACAAUGGCACGAUGACACCCACCUCUACGCUGACCAUGGACAAUACAACGGAGGAGCUUGGGCCGGUCACGGAGGCGCUUGGGCCGGUCACGGAGGCGCUUGGGCCGGCCACGGAGGCGCUUGGGCCGGUUACGGCGCUGGCUACGGAAACGGUUAUGGAGGUGCCUGGGCCGGGCACGGUGGACACCUUGUCAACGGAGAGACACCCGAAGUAGCUGCCGCCAGGGCUGCCCAUCUCGCCGCCCACGCCGCCGCUGCUCAUCGUCACAGGAGAUCUCUCGUCGCCGUCAACCCUCACUCCCUCCCGGUCCCCGCUGACACUCUCCACGUCGCCCUCGCCAAGCAGGCCCAGCUCGUCCAACAGCACACCGAAGGAACCAGGAACGUCCUCGGAGGCGGUGUCCCACUCCACCUCCCCGCUGACACCCCCGAAGUCGCCCUCGGCAAACAGGCUCACGCCGUCGCUCACGCCAGGCAAAACGCUUUGACCCACUCUCACGCUUACGCUAACGGACUCCACGGAGUUGCCGCCGUCGCUCCCGUCGCCGCCGUCUCUCACGUUGCUGCUGUAGCUCCCGUUGUAAGCGUUGCUUCCGUAGCCCCCGUCGCUGCAGUCCACUCUGUACCUGCCGUUGUUUCCACCCACACCUCCGUCUUGCACUCUGCACCUUUGGUCGCUUACGGACACCACGGCCACUGGUAAACUAACCACCGAUCUACUAUUAAAUGCAAAAAUGAAAG